AUGGAGUGGCCUGAGGAGUUGGAGAGUGUCCUGGAGAAGUUGGCAUCUAAGCUGAGAGCUGAUAAUUCAAAGAAGAGAUAUAAGACCAAAAAGAAGGAGGGGGUACAGAGAGGAAAUGCUGCUUAUGCAGAGACACAGGUUCGUGGCAACAUAACUAAAGGCGCCAAGGAGCUCACAAUUAUUGGUAACUACCAGACCCAUUAUGGAGCCUCCCUCAGGAAAAUGGUGAAGAAAAUUGAGAUCAGCCCACACACCAAGUACACUUGCUCCUUCUGUGGCAAAAGCAAGAUGAAGAGACGGGCUGUGCAGAUCUGGCACUGUGGUUCCUGCAAGAAAACAGCCACUGGUGGUGCCUGGACCUCCAAUGCCACUUCCACUGUCACGAUCAAGUCUGCCAUCAGAAGACAGAAGGAUCUGAAAGACCAGUAG